AUGUGGGUGAACAAAGUUGUCUGGAAACAUUUAGCCGUGACGGAAGAUGGACGACCGACUGUCUAUUAUCAAUUUCUGGCUAAUAUAAUUGAACAAAAUCUUACUCAAACAGUUUUACCCGUUUCCAUGUCAUCAAUAAUUGGUGCACGUUUCCUGCGAACAUAUCAAUUCCGUCCGCAACUUAUCUAUCUUGAUUCAGCACAUGAACAAGGGGAGACAUUGAUUGAACUAGCUUUGUAUUGGAAUAUACUACAACCAGGCGGCGUUCUUUUUGGAGACGAUUGGGGCUGGUUAUCAGUGCGUUGUGAUGUCAAAAAAUUUAUGUAUAUGCGAAACAUAACCACAGAACAUUUUGGAAAUACAUGGCUAAUGAAAAAAUCAAUAAAUAAAUAA